AUGGACGUAGUAGCGGAUUGCAGCAACGUUUAUUUUGACGACAUCCCUAAAGAUAAGAGAGCACAUGGCAAAGCAGAGAUCUACUACUGGGGCCAGGGUGGCGGUUAUUAUAAGCUAGCCGAAAUAAUGCACGAUUACCUCAAAACCAUAGAGAACGAGAAACUCACUGAUGUUAGCGACAAUUGGAUCAAAUACAGUGGUGAGGAUAAUAAUAAUAUGGAAAAAUAUGCAAAUCUUGUGAGAGCGUCCACAACCGAGAUAGGAUGUGCGUUGGCGAUAUGCGAAGAGGUUUGGGUAAACGCAUACUGUGUUACUAAUCAACCGCCACUUGCUGAUGGUGAUUGGAUCAGCGGGCCAGGUGAGUACAACAAACGGUAA